CAUUCUUGGGUUGUUGUUUACGAUAAAAGCGGAUUACGGGUACGCUUCUUCUAGGAUAAAUCUUUCCCCGAUUCUCUCUUUUUUCUCUCUCGAUACUCUUCUUCUUCUUCUUCUUCGUCAAUUAGGGUUUCUUCUUCUCGCUUCUCUUUUGAUUCUCUCCAGCUGAUCUCAUCCCCCUUUUGAGCGAUGGAGUCUACUGCUACUGCUCUCGUCGUCAAGGUGAGCUAUGGAGGUGUGCUUAGGCGCUUCAGGGUGCCUGUUAAAGCCAAUGGACAGCUUGAUCUUGAAAUGGCUGGUCUUAAGGAAAAGAUCGCUGCUCUCUUUAACCUCUCGGAUGCUGAUUUGUCUCUGACUUACUCUGAUGAGGAUGGGGAUGUGGUUGCCCUUGUUGAUGACAACGAUCUCUUUGAUGUUACUUAUCAGCGUCUUAAGUUCUUGAAGAUCAAUGUGCAGUUGAACUCUGGCAUUCCCACAAACCCUAUUACUCCAGAGAGUAGUGGGAGUUCCACACCUGCUGGUAUGCCUAACAGCCAAAACCCGGUUUCCAAAAUCCAGAAGGGUAUAAAUGAUGUUCUGAUGUCUGUACCUAAUCCGAUGCUUGAUACCAUAUCAAAGGUGUACAUGGACCUUGCAUCAAAGGCUGCAACUUCUAGUCCUGUAGUUGGUGAGAUGCUUGAUUGUAUCUCCAAGCUAGGGCAACUCUCCGUUCCUCAGGAAAGUAGUCCUUGCUCACCUGUUACUAAGCCUGGUUCUUCAGGCCCUUCCCUCAGCAGGGAUGUUCCUUACGCUGCUGAAAAGAAGGAUAGCUCUGAGAGGACCCAGACCGGAAGGAAACCUGCUAAUCUGAAUGAACCCACUGGCUUUGCUGAUCCUAAGACUUCUGGUCAUGUACCAACCUCGUCUGGACUGGGUGCUAAUUUCAACGAGUGUCCCUUUAGUGGCAGUACCGUGAAUUACUCCUGUCCAAAUCCAGUUAACCUUAACAAGCAUGCUCGUCGUGUAUGUCAUUCCAAAAAGAGCACCAAUGGUGAUUACUGGACUUCAUUGGGUGUGUUCCAUAAGGGCAUCCGUUGUGACGGAUGUGGAGUUCUUCCAAUUACUGGGCCUAGAUUUAAGUCAAAAGUUAAAGAAGACUAUGAUCUUUGCACCAUCUGCUAUUCGGUGAUGGGUAACGAGGGGGAUUACUCAAGAAUGGAUAAGCCUGUAUCAGUUCAACAUCUACAUCCUUUUAGAGGACAGUUUACCCAAUUUCCUAAUCCUUGGUCGAUCCACCCUGUGCCGCGAACAACCAAUGGAAGUUCACCUUCAAGGUGUACUCGGCCUAAACUAGACAGUCGCUUUGUACUUGACGUGAAUGUAGUUGAUGGAACCGUUGUUGCUCCAUCCGCCCCAUUUACUAAGAUUUGGAAAAUGAGGAACAGUGGUUCGCUGGUGUGGCCUCAGGGCACACAGAUUGUCUGGAUCGGUGGGGACAGGUUCUGCAACUCAUUGUCAGUUGAUUUACAGAUUCCAAAGGAGGGUGUGCCUAUCUAUAGUGAACUUGAUGUCAAAGUUGAUUUUGUUGCACCAGAGUUACCUGGUCGAUACAUUUCUUAUUGGAGGAUGGCUUCCUCUGACGGUGCUAAGUUUGGGCAACGUGUUUGGGUGUUGAUACAUGUUGAUGCAUCCCUCAAGAAUUCUGUUGUGAAUGAGUUCCACGGACUCAACCUGAAUGCCUCCCCCUCCCUUGAUGAGAAUUUUUCAAGUGAAUUUCCAGGGAUUAUUAAUUAUGAGUCAGCUCAACCUGGCAGCACCAAUGUCAAUCCUGGGACAGUGAAAAGUGCUGAUCUAGAGGGAGAAGAAAUUGGUGAAUCGCAGGUCCUGGAGAAAGAAAACACGUUGAUUGGUGAAGUUCGUCUUGCUAUCCCUCGGAGUCGUUCUCCUUCAUCUUCGUCUUCGUCAUUUAACAUGGUUGAGUUCCCAAGUAUGCCUGCUGUUGAGGUCGUGUCUGGUGGUUCUUCAUCUACAAAAGACGUCCCAGUUCCUCUUCAAGAGGAUUUAGAGAAGAAUGACGUUGAGAUAACCAUGCUCAAGGAGCUCGAGGAAAUGGGUUUCAAGGAGAUAGAUUUGAACAAGGAGAUCUUGAGGGAUAACGAGUACAACUUGGAGCAGUCUGUUGAUGCUCUUUGUGGAGUUAGCGAGUGGGAUCCAAUCCUAGAGGAGCUUCAGGAAAUGGGCUUCUGUGAUGAUGUGACGAACAAGAGGCUGCUGAAGAAGAACAAUGGAAGCAUCAAAGGCGUGGUAAUGGAUCUCCUCACAGGGGAGAAGGAGGCUUAAUGAGCUUUUGGAUUGUGGCUACUCUUCUCUAUCUAUCUUAUCAGGAAUAAUUAUGUUUUUAUAAAUAAAACCUGAUCUCUAGUUUGAUUUCGUGCUGCGUCACAUGGGUGUGUUCCUUUGCUUUGUGUUGGAUGAUGUUACUAUUUAUAAUUUAUCUAAGACGUGGAUGGUUUCUUUCUUAUUACAA